GGAGGUGUCUGGCUGGCUGGCCGGGGAGGGAGGGGGGUGAGGCGGCCUCUGCUGCUCGGAUGGCCGCAGUGUGAGCGGAGGAUCUGCACCGAGGAGGAUCGGCGGGGACAUGGCCGGGAUCCUGAAGAGGGUUCCCGUCCUCGCUGUCAGUUCGGUGUCGGUGUUUCUGCUGUUAAUGGUUCUCCGGCUCAUCAAUGAAGUGAACUUCCUGAAGUUGUUGUCUUGUAUUGGGCAGACCAGCUCCCAGUGCGCUCCUGUGCCAGUUAUGUGGCAGCAGCGGCCUCGGACGUAUCACGAUGGCUACAUUAACAUGAGGACUCAUGAGCCUCUUGAGCUUGACUGCAACCAUUGCGCUAUCGUAUCCAAUUCGGGGCAGAUGAUUGGACAGAAGGUUGGACCCGAAAUCGACCAGUCUUCUUGCAUAUGGAGAAUGAACAAUGCUCCCACCAAAGGCUAUACAGAAGAUGUUGGGAAGAGGACUACAAUCAGGGUUGUGUCUCACACCAGCGUCCCUCUCCUGAUCAAAGACCCCAAUUACUUCUUCAAGGAGACCAAUGACACCAUCUAUGUCAUAUGGGGUCCUUUCAGGAACAUGCGGCAGGAUGGGAAGGGGAUUGUGUACAACAUGCUGCGCAAAGUGGUAGAAAACUACACUGGGGCUAAAGUCUACAUAACGACGGAGAUGCGCAUGAACUACUGUGACAGUGUCUUCAAACAGGAGACCGGGAAAGAUCGAGUUCAGUCUGGAUCGUACCUCAGUACCGGCUGGUUUACUAUGAUCCUCGCCAUGGAUGCUUGUGAAGGGAUCCACGUUUAUGGAAUGAUUAAUGACACAUAUUGCACAACAAAUGGCUUCCGGAAGGUUCCCUACCACUAUUAUGAACCGGGAAGAUACGAAUGUGACGAGUAUAUCCUGCAUGAGAACGCUCCAUACGGCGGUCACCGGUUCAUCACGGAAAAACGUGUCUUUGCCAAGUGGUCGAAGCUGCAUAAUAUAACGUUCUCCCAUCCGGACUGGACAUUCCCUUGAAGAAAAUCAUUUGGAAAUGACAAUGUAACUUUCAGAGCCUCGAAACCAUAAUAAUAACAAACACAAUUCCUAGGAAAACACAUAUCGUAUGCGGAAAGCACUUUAUGCAGCAAAAUUUGGCUUUAAAGUGACAUCCUCAUUUUCUGGCAAGGAGCAUAGCUUCUAGCAGGCAGGGCAAGCGGUGGAAUCACAUGGCUUAGUAUUAUUAUGGGGACGUGUUCCUUGCAACUUUUGUCCUGCACCAUGUUUAUUGGGGAGCACUUUUCCUCUGCUUUUGACAUCACCAGAUCUCCUACUAUGGGGUCAAGGGGAAGAUAGCCCAGUCUCAACCUGGCCUCCUGAGCCUGGUGGAGGCUUCACCCCCUGCAUCCAGGGGCGGACUGACCAUUCGGGCACUCGGACACUGCCCGAGGGCUAGGGGGCCCCACCAGGGUU